CUUUCAACGCUAAAUUACCAACUCUACCGAAGAACGUUGUCUCUGGAACAAAGUGUUUUCGUUACUCUUUCGACCGUCAAUGAAAACUCACCACAAGCGUGGUUGAAAGCGAGUGGGAAAAUGUUCCGUUAAAAAUAGGACAUUUUUCUGAGUUUGGAGCGGGGAGAGCGGCGCAGGUUCAAGUUUAGAUUCUUACUGUAACAACGAAUGCCUUGUGGACAUUGUGUUUGCCGAGGUGACUGCUAGCAACUAUUUAUCCCGACAGUGCUUUCUGCUUUUCCUGUCAAGUCAUCUGAUGCAGAGCAGUGGAUUUGUCUCCACCCGUUUGCUGAAAGAAGAAACAUGCCGUCUAAUAAGUCGGUGUCUGACGCUCCCAUCACUCAGUUCGUCAACUGCAGAAUCCUGAGGGACCACAAGCUGCAGAGAGAGGACCUGUGGGUGCGUGAAGGGAGGAUCCUAGACCCCGAGAAGCUGUUCUUUGACGAGCAGGGGUACGCCGAUAAACGCGUGGACUGUGAAGGCAGCAUCGUCGCCCCAGGCUUCAUAGACGUCCAGAUCAAUGCCUGUCUUCCCCCAUCAGGAGGAUACGGCAUUGACUUCUCCCAGGCCUCCGAUGAUGUCAGCAGUGGAAUUUCUUUUGUAGCCAAAAAGAUUCUGGAGCAUGGCGUGACAUCCUUCUGCCCAACACUAGUCACGUCUCCCCCCGCGGUCUACCACAAGGUUCUGCCUCAGGUCAAAGCCCAGAAUGGAGGGCAGCACGGAGCUGGAGUUCUCGGUUUUCAUCUGGAGGGUCCGUUUAUCAGUGAGGAGAAGAAAGGAGCACACCCGGAGCAGUAUCUCCGCACCUUCCGCUCCGGGGGCAUUGAGGACCUGGCCGAGGCCUAUGGGAGUCUGGACAACGCUGCCAUAGUGACACUGGCUCCUGAGCUGGAGAGCAGCCAGGCAGCAGUGAAGGAGCUCUGCCAGAGGGGCAUCACCGUGUCUUUAGGUCACUCGGUGGCAAACCUGUCCCAGGCUGAGGAGGCGGUUCAGAACGGAGCUUCCUUCAUUACUCAUCUCUUUAAUGCCAUGCUGCCUUUCCACCACCGGGACCCUGGUAUAGUGGGUCUGCUGACCAGUGAUAAGGUUCCGGCUGGCCGGACCGUGUACUAUGGCAUGAUAGCAGAUGGGAUCCACACCAACCCUGCUGCGCUACGGAUCGCUCACAGGGCUCAUCCUUCAGGUCUGGUGUUGGUGACGGACGCCAUCACAGCGAUGGGUCUUCCUCCUGGCCGUCACACUCUAGGUCAGCAGGUCAUCGAGAUCCAUGGCCUCCACGCUUACGUAGCAGGCACCAAGACUCUCAGUGGGAGCAUAGCCACAAUGGACAUGUGUGUUCGCCACUUCAAGCAGGCUUCAGGCUGCAGUGUGGAGGAGGCCCUGGCUGCUGCCUCGCUCCAUCCUGCUCAACUUCUGGGUAUCAGCCACAAAAAGGGAAACCUGGACUACGGUUCAGAUGCAGAUCUUGUUUUGCUUGACGAUGCCCUUAACGUCAGAUCCACCUAUAUUUCUGGGGAGGAGGUUUGGAGAAAAGGAUCACGGGAGAAAAAGUCGGCAGUUUGAAACUGACCCUACUCAGCUGGAAACAUUUGUGCCUUCAGGGGGAAGUGGCUUCCCACAGAUCCACAUAUCUGUUGAAUGAUUUAUUCAGUCGAGACACAAAGCGCACAAACCUCUCAGAUCCCAGACAGAACACAUCAAGCCGACAUGGAGUUGCCCAUCAUUUCUCUUCACUGUGACCCUUUGCCCCGUAUUUCAAAAAGUCUUCGUUUUUUUGAAAAUAUUCUAUUUAGUUAAUCCCUGGAUCCCAGAUUGUUUGUUAUAACUUAACUACUUUGCUGCUCUCUGCUUUCUAUACACAGUAUAUACUUUGAUCCAUA